UGAGCGAAAGUUUAAACAAUUCAGUCCUGAAGUAGGAAGCUUGAGUUUUUCUAAAACAAAUUUCGCGGAUUCAAAUUGAAUAUAAAUCUCAUCUAAUAUCAUCUAUAAGAAUCGAAGAACGUAGUGAAGACUUAUAUAGGUCAUGAUGAAUUUGUUUUUUUUUUUAGAAAAAGUCUUUGUUCACGCUAAAUUUAGAUUUUUCUCAGUGUGGUUUUUGUUUCGACUUUCGAUACGAAAGUAACGGAAUAUUUGUGCUCGGGGUGGGUUUUUUUUCUCCAGACAAAUUUCGACUUUUUAACUAACCAUUUUUGACGGAAUUUUUUUAUAUCAUUCAAAAGGUAUUGUUGUCCUGAGCUCAAAUUUGAAAAGAUAUUUCACCUGUGAUCAUUUUUCGUAAAGUUAUGGGGGUUUGAAGGUUGCCAUUUCGGCCAAUUUGGGACAAUUAACGCGCGAUAUAUUUCGCGCUAUUAACGCGUAAGCGAGAUUUAAUCCGUCUUAGAAAUCGUUCCAAAUUGGUUUGACGAAGCUUAUUUGCCAUAAAUGAUUUGUUACAAGUAGCAAAAUCUAUCCUUUUGUACUUUAUAUGGCGUGUGGGGGGAUGAUUUUCAUAAAAAAUUUCAAAUUUUCGAGAAAAAAAAAUUUCCUUAUUACUGCUCCAUAAACCUAAAUAGGCAGUCGGAACAUUCAGUGCUUUGCCCUGAUACGAGCAGUCUUGUUUUCUUUGUAAGUUCAGUUAGUUUUUUUCUAAAAGGAAAGCAAACUCAACUAUCAAACAGCUUCAGUGUAAAGGGCAUGGAAAACGUGAACGACGUCUAGUUUCAAAAGCGUAUUUUAACUUUUAGAUCCAGAGGAAUAAAAAGUUACCUAUCGGUCCAGUUUUAACAAAUUUGGUUUAUUAAAAAAUGUGUCAUUAUAAAUUAAUCCUAAAAUUUGAAGAGAUUUAAGGGAAUAUAUUUUUUUGGAUCUCAAAUGAUGAUUUUUUUUUCAGAACAAGUCAUAAUUGUUUUUGUCUUUUUUUGCGUUCCUUGACUUUUUUCCAACGGUCUAUUGGUGAUGUUUAAUUUUGUCACGUCAAUAUGUUUGGUUAACUAGCCAACUGAGUGUUUAAGUAAUGCGCCUGCUGCUUGAAAUCACGAAGAUCUGUGGACCGUAAACGGUACUGUUUUCAGGUUCUAACUAGGUGUCAGUUCCUUCAUUUUUUCGGCUCCUUGGUUUUCGACAUAAUUUUUUUUCUGAAGACUUCUUUUUCAUACGAUCAAUAGAAUUUCUUAAAAACUUAACUUAGUUUAUUACACUUCCGAGCGCAAGUGUCUUGUAAUCGAGAACUAUAUUUUUUCUCUAUAAUUUGCCAGAAGUGGAACGUACAGGACGCCAUUGAUUUAUGUUGUUUUAUUUCUGAGCUUAAGAUCCAUGCAGAAAUCACUUGCAGACUUCUAUAAACCUAUACCGAAAUCGAAAAAGCGAAAAUCCCCCAAUGCUGAAAUCUGUGAUAAUUCAACUGACUACUGCUCCACGAGCAAAGUAUUAAAUGUCAUGAGUUCGAAAGACAAUGAGCAUCAGGCCUCGGAGAUCAGCCGCCUUUCGGAGGAAGAAAACGAGGCAAAAACCGAUCCUGAAGAAGUUGAAACGAAGAGCAGUGAAGCCAGCGAAGACUCAGAAGGCGAAACUGAAAUCCCAGCAACGACGACAGUGACACCGAUUGAGCAAGCGAUACAAAAAGGAGAGCUGUACCAGGAAACUAUAGAUUUAGCAAUUGAUAAUUCUGACGAAAUUCAGCAGCAGGAUAAUGGUGACCCGUUAACUUCAGAGAAAGAUACCGAAACAGAGAAAAUCAAUGCGACAUAUUCGAAUUCGACAGAAGUCGCACAAUCAUCCGUGAACAGCUCAAACAGUUUCAGCGGCGGCUGCCCAAUUGAUUCACUUUUUAAAUGUGAAGAGGAAUCUCCCAGAGACUUCUCAAAUAAACAGUUGCAUAAGCUGCUGCUAGACUUGGACGCGUUAGCGCAGGGUAUUGCCGUACCGUACCCGAAGAGCUUCGUGGACAAAUGGCUGCCAGGUCAUAUCAGGGUUCCUUGUGCUUCCAAGUGCCAGUUGAGAAUCCUGAAUCCGAGUGGGAACUCUCGUCCAACUACUCGUCUGUCCAAAACGAGUCACUGGGAGGUGGUCAAAGAGCAGUUGUCUGAGCAAAUGUACACUGUGGAGGACGUCAUAUCAGCUAUAGACAGAUACACACCAGGGUUCUACGAUGGUCACGGGAAGGGAAUGCGGACGUUCUUCAAUCAGCACCUCCAUCACGAAGUCAAGGCUAAGUUCUUCUCAGUGACAUUGCCUAGACUACAGAAACUGACUUUAGAGCUGCCUCUUCUAAUUACACAACCAAUUCCGUGGCUGCAACAGAACUCCAACAUGUCACUGACGAUGUCAAAGAGACAGAUAGCGUGCUUAAUUGCGAAUUUGUUCUUUAAUACCUUUCCAGAGCAAGACUUCAACGGGGAAUUGCCCAGGGGUCAAAACUUGAGGACACUUUUCACCGCAAGAACAAAGGAGCGUCAAAACAGUAACUUUGAGAAGCUGAAGUGCAUUCUGAGCUACUUCGACCGAGUGACAGAUCCAGAAAGCGACGAGGGCACUUCUCCAUCACAGACUGUUUCAUUCCACAGAAGAUGUUUGGAUUUGGACGAAGUGAGGCCUCAAUGGGAGAAAAUUGACACUAAACUGACUAAGUGUGCUGUGAAAUCGAAAGGACUAAUUGAGAAGCAGAGUGGGAUGUUGCAAGUGGAUUUUGCCAAUGAGUUUGUGGGGGGAGGGGUAGUGGGACAGGGGUGUGUGCAGGAGGAGAUUAGAUAUGUCACUCAUCCAGAGCUGCUGGUCAGUCGUCUGUUCACUCCGCGACUACUGGACAACGAAUGUCUCAUCGUUCAAGGUGCUGGAAGGUAUUGUGAGUAUGUUGGCUAUGCGGACUCCUUCAAGUACCUCGCAGAUUGCGUGGACACUACUCCAGUGGACUGUAUAGGAAGGAAACUGAACACAGUUGUAGCAAUAGACGCCACAGCAUUCAGAUCCAACCACGCCAAAGAAGAACAGUUCAAACUGCAGAAGAUUCUGAGAGAGUUGAACAAGGCAUACGUUGGGUUCAGGGAUCCACAUAUCACUGAUUCGACGCAAUCAACCAAAAAUCUCACAGCUGUGGCGACUGGAAACUGGGGAUGUGGUGCUUUUGGGGGAAAUGUGGUGCUUAAAUUUCUAAUUCAAUGGAUGGCAGCUUCCCACGCUGGAAGAGACAUGCUAUAUUUGACGUUCAAUGAUACAAAACUGGCUCAGAACUUGUCUAAGAUUGUGGACUCAUUUCUCAAAAAACCUUACUCUGUGAGCGAUGUGUGGAGAUUGAUUUGUAUGUAUUGUAAAUCUGGCCAAAGUAAAAGUCUGCUAGAGUUCAUUGUUAGUUAGAUCUAUUUGAAAAUGAUAAUAUAUUUCAAGUAAAGUUUAUUAGUUUUG